GGAGAAUCUGCUGUUCCAGCCCCGCUCCCGAGCUCUGUCAUGGCGACGUGCAGUGCUACCGCCGGUGUGAGGACACGCUAUGCUGGGGUUUUUGUCCGCGCGACAAACCGGUUUGGAGGACCCUCUUCGCCUGCGGAGAGCAGCGUCAACACGGAGAGUUUUAGGACUGGAGUUAAAUAAAGACAGAGAUGUUGAAAGAAUCCAUGGUGGUGGAAUUAACACCCUUGACAUUGAACCUGUUGAAGGGAGAUACAUGUUAUCAGGUGGUUCAGAUGGUGUGAUUGUACUUUAUGACCUUGAGAACUCCAGCAGACAACCUUAUUACACAUGUAAAGCAGUGUGUUCCGUUGACAGAUAUCAUCCUGAUGUUCACAAAUACAGUGUGGAAACUGUACAGUGGUAUCCUCAUGACACUGGUAUGUUCACAUCAAGCUCAUUUGAUAAAACUCUGAAAGUAUGGGAUACAAAUACAUUACAAACUGCAGAUGUAUUUAAUUUUGAGGAAACAGUUUACAGUCAUCAUAUGUCUCCAGUCUCCACCAAGCACUGUUUGGUAGCAGUUGGUACUAGAGGACCCAAAGUACAACUUUGUGACUUGAAGUCUGGAUCCUGUUCUCACAUUCUACAGGGUCAUAGACAAGAAAUACUGGCAGUUUCCUGGUCUCCACGUUAUGACUAUAUCUUGGCAACUGCAAGUGCUGACAGUAGAGUAAAAUUAUGGGAUGUGAGAAGAGCAUCAGGAUGUUUAAUUACUCUUGAUCAGCAUAAUGGAGAAAAGUCACAAGCUGUCGAAUCAGCAAACACUGCUCAUAAUGGGAAAGUUAAUGGCUUAUGUUUUACAAGUGAUGGGCUUCACCUUCUCACUGUUGGUACAGAUAAUCGAAUGAGACUCUGGAAUAGUUUCAAUGGAGAAAACACACUUGUGAACUAUGGAAAAGUUUGUAAUAACAGUAAAAAAGGAUUGAAAUUCACUGUCUCCUGUGGCUGCAGUUCAGAAUUUGUUUUCGUACCAUAUGGUAGCACCGUUGCUGUUUAUACAGUUUACUCAGGAGAACAGAUAACUAUGCUUAAGGGACAUUAUAAAAGUGUAGACUGCUGUGUAUUUCAGUCACAUUUCCAGGAACUUUAUAGUGGCAGCAGAGACUGCAACAUUCUGGCAUGGGUUCCAUCCUUAUAUGAACCAGUUCCUGAUGAUGAUGAGACAACAAAAUCACAAUUAAAUCCGGCCUUUGAAGAUGCCUGGAGCAGCAGUGAUGAAGAAGGAUGAAUAUCAACCUUUAGUACCUUUGUGUCUCUGCGGAAACUUUUUAAACAAGACAGUGUGUGUUUUUUUUCAACUGCGGUCUAUUCCUGACAGCUAAAUUAGCCCUAAAUGUGGGUAGUUUGUUUCCUCAUGUUUUAAAAUGAGGUUAAUAUUUGCAUAAAAUCCUAAAACAGACUUCUGUAUCAUUUAUUUAAUCAAAUGUGUUCCUUGAAACCAGUUGCUAUGGCCUAGGGAAGCCCCCAUUGCUACAGUACAAGAACACAGUCAUUGUCCCUCAGCUGUGACUUUCAGCAGAUUUUAUGAACUCUAAGAUGCAGUUUCAGAGGAUCGCCAAGUGGAGGCCAUCAGCAUUGACUUUCUCCUACUUGCUGUACUAUCGGCCUGCUCAUUUCCACCUUCAAGAAUGAAUUUGCCAAGGAUGAGUAUAUCAAAAAUAGUAGUUGAAAUGGUAACAUCAAAAUUAUUUUAUUCUUCAUCUAUUCACAUUUUGCAGUGAUUUCAUUUACUUAACCAUUCUUUAGCUUUUUGUUAAACAUUUUUGGGCUCAAUAUCUCCUACAAUCCAAAAAGUUUAUCACAGGAGGCUUUUAACUUUGUGAAAAUCGCUUGCUUGCUUUAUUUUAAUGUCAGAAGGCAGUUUGCACUCAUGCUUGAACUCUUUAUGAAACUCAUUAAGACGUGACCAAAUCCUGCCUCAUUCAUUCAAGCAGAAAAUAUCCUUGAAGGGAAUCUGGCUUAAAAGAAAAUUCCUGUUAUUGUC